UUGAACGUGCCCCUGAAUUGAAAGACUGCCACAUGCCGGUGGAAAAUAACACCACAACAUGCAAUACAAAACAGGCCCGGUACUAGGCUUGCUGGACAAACGAAACGAAAAGUUUAAUGCAUUUUAGGAAGGAUUGUUCCAGUGCACCAUUAAACACAUUGUAAAGGACAUUUAAUAUGGAGAACCCACAGGAGAAGAUCAUGAGAAUCUCACAGGAGCUUCGCUGUAACCCGACGUCACUCAGUGUGGCUGAAUAUCUGGACCAACACGAUGAGAUCAAACAUCUGCGACAGGACUUUCUUAUUCCAAAAAUAUCUGAGCUACCUCCAUCGGAUUUGUCACUCGUGGAUGGCUCUGAAGAUUGUGUUUAUUUUGUGGGAAACUCUCUCGGCCUUCAGCCGAAAAAUGCUAAGAAAUACAUUGAUGAGGAAUUAGACAAAUGGGCCAAAAUGGGCUCUCAUGGUCACUUGGAGGGCUCGCGUCCUUGGGUCUGGGCUGAAGAAAACCUAGAGGAUCUGAUGGCAAAGAUUGUGGGUGCUAAACCAGAAGAAGUGGCUUUGAUGAAUGGAUUGACUGUGAAUUUACAUCUUCUAAUGCUUUCCUUCUAUAAACCCACUCCAAAACGGCACAAAAUCAUUCUGGAGGACCGAGCCUUUCCAUCGGACCAUUAUGCGGUGGAAUCUCAGAUUCGUCUGCGAGGAUUCAAUCCUGAUGACAGCAUGCUGCUCAUUAAACCCAGAGAGGGUGAAGAGAUGAUAAGAACAGAGGAUAUAGUGUCUGUCAUCGAGCGGGAGGGAGACAGCGUGGCUGUUGUCAUGCUCGGUGCGGUUCAGUAUUACACCGGUCAGUUCUUUAAAAUGGAAGCCAUCACAAAAGCCGGUCACGCUAAGGGUUGUUUUGUAGGAUUUGAUUGUGCUCACGCUGUAGGAAAUGUAGAGCUACGACUUCAUGACUGGAACGUGGAUUUUGCGUGCUGGUGCACUUAUAAGUAUGUGAACUCAGGGGCAGGUGGUCUGGCAGGUGCUUUUAUACACCAGACUCAUUCACAUACAGUCAGACCAGCAUUGGUGGGCUGGUGGGGACACGACCUGAAAACUAGAUUUCAAAUGAACAACGAACUGGAGCUUCAGUCUGGCGUUAAUGGUUUCCGUCUGUCGAAUCAGCCGAUCUUACUGGUGUGUCCACUACAGGCCAGUUUAGAGAUUUUUAACAAGACGAGCAUGAAGGAGUUGAGGAAGAAGUCUGUGCUUCUGACGGGUUAUCUGGAGUAUCUCAUCAAACAUUACUACAGCAAAGACGAGUCGAACCCGGACAAGCCCUUCAUUAAGAUCAUCAGUCCAUCAGAGCCGGAGGAGAGAGGCUGUCAGCUGUCUCUUUGCUUCUCUCUUCCCAUCAGAGAUGUGUUUAAAGAGCUGGAGAAGAGAGGAAUCGCUUGUGAUAUGAGAGAACCGGAUGUGCUGCGUGUCGCUCCUGUGCCCCUGUACAACACCUUCACUGAUGUGCAUCGUUUCAUCACUGUUCUGGGAUCAGCACUGAGUGCCUGUAAUAAACUCCAGCAGAGCUGAUUCAUCAUCUGACACCUACUGUAUGAGAGGAAGUUGUCAAGUGUUUUUAUCGUCUGUUUGUUAACUCAAUCAGCUUCAUGUGUACAAGAAUUGAAUUGAGAGUGUUUUGAACAGAAAUAAACCUAAGACUUUUCAAAAGCGUCUUUGAGAUAUUGUACAUGUUAUCAAAUAAGAUCCUCUUCAGUAAAUUCUCAGAUCAUCUCCAAUGGGUCUCGGGUGUCUCUUAUCAUAUCAGAUGCAUCUCAGGUCAUCUCCGAUCAUAAUAGAUGUGUCUCAGAAUAUCAUAAUGUGUCUCAGAUUGUCUCAGAUGUGUCUCAAGCCGCCUUUCCACUGCACACGACAAACGACGGCCGAUAAGCCGGAAGUCAUUCAUUUCCUAUGGAGAGUCGCAAAGGGGUUGUGUGAGGUGCCGACCAUCUGCGGAUGCGUACAUUUCGGAUCCGUUUUGAGCGUUGGAUCCGUUCAAAAAAUGUCAACUUGUGAGACUAAACCGCAUGCGAUAUGCUGACUGGAAGUUAUGUAUUUCAUUGUAUUCCAAUCACAAACUGUGUGUGAGGUGAAAAUGAUUAAUCCUUUUGAUUUAACUUUAUAAGUAACACUUGAAUCCUUAAAAAAACAUUUUGAUUACUGAUAAUAAAUACAUUAUUAAUUUAA